UCGGCGUUGAGCAUGGCUCACCUGGAAGUUCACCCAGGCGCGGCGCCCGCGGGCAACAUGGAGGUGGAGCUGGGCCACCACCACCAAGCGCAAGCGGCCGUGCACCCGCAGCUACCAACGACGCACGGCCGCCCGGCCAUGAACCAGCAGCACCUCGGCGCGCAAGGCCCGAACACCUGGGUCGGCAACGACGCCAACACGCUGCUGGUGGUGGCCACGCUGAUCACCACGCUCACGUACCAGCUCGGCACCAACAUCCCCGGCGGGUACUGGCAGGACACCAAGACGCAGGACGGCAGGGACCUGUACCGCGCCGGCGACCCCAUCAUGCGCGACCUGCACCGGUCCAGGUACUGGAUGUUCAUGGCGGCGAGCUGGGUGGGGUUCGCGAGCUCCAUGGUGAUGACGCUGAGCCUGCUGGUGCGGAUGUCGGUGGACUCGCGCCACGUGCGGUGGUCCUUCGUCGUGGCCUACUCCAGCCUCGUCCUCACCUUCAUCGUGUCGCAGCCCAAGACGCACCUGUCCGUCGACAUCCUCGUCUGGGCGGCCGUCCUCGCCUUCCUCUGGCUCAUCAUCAGCGUCCGCCCGGAGCACCGCACGCGCAUCGCCCAUGUCCUCUGCUGCAACCACGCCAACUAG